AUUGCCGCCCCCACAGUGUCAUACAUAAAUGGCAGCGACGUGCAGCAGCUGAGCAGCUAUGUGCAAGCCCAGCUGAGCGGUGCUUUUAAAAAACUCCUUCCCGUGCUGUGCGGUCUGCUUGUGGCAGGAUUCGGCUAUGCCAUUGUCUACUUGGACAGCGCGGCGCCAGGUGUUUCGCCACCAACACCAUUAUCACCGCGUGCCAAGCAAUGGUCUUCCAAUAACAAAUCCUCAAUGCAGCUUAACUAUUUCUGUGCACUAGCCGUGGGAAUUAUCGUUACAUUCUUUACAUAUUCUCAUUUGUGAGAGCAAAGAAUUUCCUUGUAGUCAAUUAUGGCAGCAGUAUUAAGUAUUCAAUUCAGUCCAGUUAAAAAAUAAUAAUUUAUUUUUCACGUAAAUGAAGUAUUAUAUAAAAUAUAUAAAUAUACGUUUGCAUUGUGCAAUGCUCCUGAAGCAAAAACCUAACAACAAAUCCAGUAAAAGCUAAAAGAAGCUCAGCGUCAA